GCCCCAGGGCCCCCACACUGCUCACUCCCGCGCGGCGCCGGCCCCGCAGUCUUCUCCUGGUUCAGCGUUCCCGCUCUUAGACGACUCCCCUGGUGCAGACAUGGCCUCGGGCGCCGCCUGCGCGCCGGUGAAGAUUGGAAUAAUUGGUGGAACAGGCUUGGAUGAUCCAGAAAUUUUAGAAGGAAGGACUGAAAAAUAUGUGGAUACUCCAUUUGGCAAGCCAUCCGACGCCUUAAUUUUGGGGAAGAUAAAGAACGUUGAUUGUGUACUUCUUGCAAGACAUGGGAGACAGCACACCAUCAUGCCCUCGAAAGUCAACUACCAGGCCAACAUCUGGGCUUUGAAGGAAGAGGGUUGUACACAUGUCAUAGUGACCACAGCCUGCGGGUCCUUGAGAGACGAGAUCCAGCCUGGUGACAUGGUCAUCAUCGAUCAGUUCAUUGACAGGACAUCCCUGAGGCCUCAGACCUUCUAUGAUGGAAGUCAUGGCAGCGCCAGAGGAGUGUGCCAUAUCCCAAUGGCUGAACCGUUUUGCCCCAAAACAAGAGAGGUCCUCAUAGAAACAGCUAAGAAGCUUGGUCUUCGAUGCCAUUCAAAGGGGACAAUAGUCACAAUUGAGGGGCCUCGUUUCAGCUCUCGGGCAGAAAGUUUUGUAUUCCGUACUUGGGGAGCAGAUGUUAUCAAUAUGACCACGGUUCCAGAGGUGGUGCUUGCUAAGGAGGCUGGCAUUUGCUAUGCAAGCAUUGCCAUGGCAACCGAUUAUGAUUGUUGGAAGGAGCAUGAAGAAGCGGUGUCAGUGGAUGGGGUUUUAAAGACCAUGAAAGAAAAUGCCAACAAAGCCAAGAGCUUACUGCUUACUACGAUUCCACAGAUAGGGUCUAUGGAGUGGUCAGAAACGCUGCGAAAUCUGAAGAACAUGGUCCAGUGUUCUGUUUUACCACCAAGACAUUGAAACGGCAUGGCCACCACGAGGAGACUUACUACUUCUAGUCUUUGGGAGAUUUUGCUUAAACAAAAAAUGGGAACGAUACGUGGCCUUCGUUCCUUUUCCGGGAAAGAAGAGCAUGUGGUAAGAAAGAGACAUGUAUCUCAAAGACUCCACUGAGAUAUGGACUCCUUAACAACAGCCUGCAGAAAUGUAAGGGAACAAAGCCAAAAACCUUGUCAAUCAUUUCUCCUACUACACUGGCAACCAUGAAGACUGGCGAGGAUGUCCUUUUCCCCACACUGCUGAUGACUGUGAGCUUGGAAUGGGACUGGUUGUAAAUUGGCACCAUCCUUCUGGGAGGCAGUUCGGUACAUUGCAUCUCGGGCUUAAAAAUACUGAAUGCACUUUGGUAUGCUGGGAUUUCUCUUUAAGAAGUUAUGGGAGAUUCAUUCAAAGAAUCAUGUAAAGAAGGCAAAAUAUUCUAAACAAUAUGGAAAAAUUAGAUGUACCAUGUUCCUGUUAUACUUAAGCUAUGAAGCAAUCAAGUAGAAAUCAUAUUUUCUCAUAAAGAAAUGGUCACUUCAUACUGUAAAAUGAGGGGGAAAGGUAUAAACAUUUGUGAUACGGUUUUUUGUUUUAAAUGGUGUGUAAAUGUACAAAAAAAGACUACAAGGGAAUAUAUAUAAUCCUGCUACUGUAUUUGUGAAGAGAUGCUGGAUAAUUCUUACUUUCUUUUGAUCUUUUUCUCUACUUUUUUUAAAAGUGAGUAUAAUCAAAUAAUAAAGUUGUAACACUUAAAGUGGACUUAGAGAAAUCAAACUCUUUGAAACUCUUGGUGGGGAAACAAAAGAUGUUUACAAAAGAAGCGCCGUGUGAAUGUAGGAUCUACAAUCCAGAUAGCACGCACACUCCUGCAUGCCUGCACUCAAAAAAAAAUACAAAGAAACCAAAACUUGCUGUGUGAGAAACAUAGGUCUUUGUUUAAGAUCACCACAGAUACAACCACUCGGGACUGUGACUGAGGAGGCUGGUAUUCACUGCUACGGUAUGUCAAAGGCAAACUGCUUCAAGGAUGGCUCGUGUGCCUCAUUGCCGUAUGUCAGAUCAUUUUUACACUGCCGUUUCUUUCUACUCCGUUUUGAGAGUUGACACAUUAUCAGUUGGCAGUGCUGUAUUUUGAAAAAAAGGAAGGAACUGGAAGCCAAGUGUUUUGUUGUAGGAUACAUGGGCAAUCAUAGUGUUUUCCUCAAGUUACCGCUGUUACAGGUGCCCUGCGGCUCUUUUAAAGUGAGUGUGCUUGUGUCUGACGCUGACUUCAGGAAAGUAUGCAGCUGAUUGUAAGGUAUAAAUGAACCAGUUGCUCUAGCCGUCAUGUUGAGCCCCUGGUAAGUGCCAUUGUAACUUCGGGCCCAUGUUGCGGAGCUUCCUGCUCUGGUUAUUAACAAUGCAUAGAAACUUCGCGGGUCCUGACCGGGCUCUUGGUAGUUUUUACUUCCCUGGGGUGUGCCCGGUUGUCGAGUUGGGGAGUGGACGUUUUUCUUGUCGCCUCUGGUGUGGAAGAGUGCUUUUCCUCAGUGGCCUUUUCCAGCAUCGUCAUAAGCAGGCUGCUUCUUCCUGAAUCCUUCUCUGCGAUUGGAAUUGCAUAUAAACUUACACUAUCUACCUUCUUAGCUACUUAAGUGUCGCUGAAAAUACAUUUGUAUUGUCUUUUCGGGUGUAUUCAAUACAAAACAAUGGGUUUUAUUCUGUCAUUUUUAUAUACAUAUCAUAUGCAUCGUCAUUUAUCCCACGUUAUAUUCUCUUGUGCUCCACCUCCCAAAUAAUGCUCCCCGUACUUUAAUGUCAUCUAAUCUAUAUUCUGUAUAUGAGAGAAAUGUGUUUGCCUUUCUAAGUCUGUCUGUCUUAGCAUGGUGCUCUCCAGCUCCAUCCAUUUUCCUACAGGUUGAGAUAAUUCUUCUCUUUUUUCUGACUAAGUAAAAUCCCAAUGUGUAUGCAUACCAAUUCCUUUAUCCAUCAUUGUUGAUGCACAUGUUGGCUGAUUCCUGAUUUUGGCCGUUCUGAAUAGUGUUUCAAUAAACAUGUGUUUGCAGACUUCUCAAAUGACCAAAGUAUGCUCCUGCUCUUGGGUUGGGUCUUGGCUAUUGCUAUUAGUAUAGAAACUCCAUUUGGGAAACCUCCACCUGAACCAUUUCUGUCUGGUUGUCCUUUAGACAGAUUCUAGCCCUCGGACUUCAUCAAGGACAUUUAUUACUUGAUCCAUUGUGCUUUUAUCUCAACUAUUCCUUGCUCUUUGUUACGUCAUUCCGGCACACAAUUGCAUCUACAAUGAAGAGUGGAGAGUUUGCUCACUUUAUCAUUUUUACACAGUCCGGGAUCCCAGCAUAAGGAUGCCCCCCCCACACACACACACACACAGUGAGUGUGUCUUCCCGCCUCUGUAAACCCAAUCAGUAUAAUCUUUAACAUGCCCAGAGUUCAUCUCCUGGGCGACUCUAGAUCUCAUCAAUUGACAACUAACGUUAAGCAUCACAGCUAUACCUGUUCUCCAUUCUUUAGCUUCUAUUUUUAGAUUCUAUUCAGGUUUUGACACCAUCCCCCCCUCCUUUGUUCUACCUUCCCCUUUAUCUAAUCUGCUCACUCUCUGACAGCCCAUCCUCUGUCCUUCCCAAACACUUCCUUCUCUUGUCACACUGUUACACUUUCCUGUUUCAUUGUCCUUUGGUGUGGCUAUCUUCACUUUCAUAUCCAUAGA